ACGCUUAAUACGUUAAUAGAAGGUAUUAUAAAGAUUAGUUUUAGCCUAGGUAAGGAAAUCGUCACCCUAAGUAUAGUAAAAGUAGAGACGUACUUCGGAACGAUAACUUUUUAUAUUUUACUUAUUAAUACCCCAUUUCUCUUAUAUUUAAAAGAUAUAGAUCGACUAAGUAUUAUAUUUAAUAAUACGAGGAACAGAAUCUCUAGCGGUAAAUACUUCGAGAUAGUUAAAUAA